GCAGUGGCUCUUUCAUUUGCGGUCUGUCCUGAGCUGCAGCUGCUGGUAACAUCUACUUACAGGAGUUAUGUCCACGCCUCGUAAAGAGAUACUCAGCUUUGGUGGCUUUAGCAUUGGACCUCCAGCAAGUACAACCAAACCCUCAAGUUCUAAUGGAUUGACAACACUCACAGCAGCUCCAACUACUUCAGUCCAACCUGCUUUCGGCACAACAACUCUCACCAGAGAUGAUAACAGCGAAGUCACAAAUAGUUCAGAGACAAGGGAACCAAGACCUCAGUUCACAUUCUUGG